UGACUCCUUUUGUCCAACCGGCUUUCAGCAACGACUCGGCGAAGCGCGCGAGGGCGAACGAAUGUGCCUGUAGUUCUGCAGAAAAACUGCUUUAUUUUUUCAACCAUGGCAGAUCCUGCUAAAAGGCAGCGGCUCAGCCAAGUUGAUAGCAGCGCACAAACGUCUAGCAGCGCCGCCAGCAUGUUCACGGCCAGUCAGCGCGAUGGAGCCGGAGGAGAGAGUCGUUUUGUGGAGGGGUCCAUAGUUCGCAUCAGCAUGAAAAACUUCCUGACCUAUGACUCCUCUGUGGUGUAUCCUGGACCUCAUCUCAACAUGAUUGUUGGAGCCAAUGGAACUGGCAAAUCCAGCAUCGUUUGUGCCAUCUGCUUGGGUCUGGCUGGCAAGACUGCUAUCCUAGGCAGAGGAGACAAGGUCGGACUUUAUGUCAAACGUGGGUGCCCUAAAGGAUUUAUUGAGAUUGAGCUGUAUAAGAGAGGUGGUAAUGUAGUGAUUAACAGAGAGAUCCAUGUGGACAAUCAGUCUCUGUGGAUGCUGAAUGGAAGACACUGUAACCAGAAAACGGUGGAGGAGGAGGUGAAGGCUCUGCACAUUCAAGUCAGCAACCUCUGCCAGUUUCUGCCGCAGGAAAAAGUGGGGGAGUUUGCCAAGAUGUCUAAAAUUGAGUUGCUGGAGGCAACUGAAAAGUCAGUGGGACCACCAGAGAUGUACGAGUACCACUGUGAGCUCAAAAACUUCCGCAACAAAGAACGAGAACUGGAGAACGUUGUGAAAGAGAAGGCCAGUUUCUUAGAGAAGGCUAAGCAGAGGAAUGAGAGGAACAAACACGAUGUGAACCGCUACUAUGAGAAGAAGAGGCAUCUGGAUGUGAUUGAAUUGCUUGAGAAGAAGAAGCCGUGGGUGGAGUAUGAGACAACCCUUAAUGAGCUUAAGGGUGUGAAGAGGGAGCGAGAGGAGGCCAAAAGGCAGCUCUCUGCUCUGAGACAGGCCCAGGCGCCCAUGCUGAGGAAGAUCCAAGAGAUAGAAAACCAGCUGAAGCCCACUGAGGCACAAAUAAAGGCUAAGACUGCUGCCAUCAAAGAAGCCUCAAACAAAUGCAAACAGAAACAAGAUCAGUUGGACCGAAAACACAAAGAGAUUGACGAUAUUAAACAAACACUGAGACUGAAGCAGAUGGAGGAGGAAGACCACCAGAAGCGAAUCAGCAACACCAGACGGACCAUUGACGACUUGAAGGCAGAGCUUGCCAAGGUUGGCGAUCAACCAGAUGUGACACCGCGGAUCAAUACCAUCAAUGUUGAGCUGAGACGCAUCCAGGAGGAGAGAGCCAAGAUCGAAGGAGAGAAGGCUGACCUUCGUAGGGAGAAGGACCACCUCUUUGCUGAGUCCAGGAUGUUGGAGAAAAAGCUCAACGACAUGAACAACCUGAUGAAUGCCAAAGAGGAGAAGCUGCGAGGACGUCACAAGGACACACAUACUGCUCUGCAGUGGCUCAGAAAGAACAAAGAACAGUUUCAUGGAAACGUCCACGAGCCCAUGAUGCUGGUGAUCAAUGUGAGAGAUCCUCGCUUUGCCAGAUACGUGGAACAUCACAUCUCAUUCCAUGACCUGCGGGCGUUUGUCUUCCAGAGGAAAGAUGACAUGGAGAAGUUCAUGACUGAGGUCCGAGACAAGAUGAACUUGAAGGUGAACUCUAUUUCUGCUCCAGAGGAAUCGUGUUCUAAGCGGCCGCCAUCCCGAAAUAUUGAGUCCUUGAGGCGUUUUGGGUUCUUCACCUACUUACGUGAGAUGUUUGAUGCUCCUGACGAGGUCAUGAGUUACCUCUGUCACCAAUACAGGGUUCAUGACGUUCCUGUUGGCAAUGAACAAACCAAAGCCAUGAUUAAAACAGUGAUUGAAGAGCCCUACCUCAAGGUGUUAUACACGACAGAGGAGAGAUACACAGUAAAGAGGUCAUUUUACUCCAACAAGAUUAGCACCAGUAACUCUGCAGUGCACCCUUCCCAGUACCUCACCAUCACUGUGGACACGGAAGAGAAACGGCAGCUGGAGCAGCAGAUAAAGGCAUGUGAGCAGAAGUCCAGAGAAAUUGACGAAAGGCUAAAGGCCCUGCAGAAGGAUGCUACUGCCCUGGAUCGCCGCGACAAUGAAUUGUUGGCAGAGAAGAAGCGUCUCUCGGAACUAAAGGGCAAGAGGAGACAACUGGAGCAGAAAAUCAGCACCAAACAGGACAGUCUCAGGCAGAUGGAGCAGAGUGUCAUUGACCUGAAGAAGAUUGAAGAGGAGACAAAAGAGAAAAUUGAAGCUGUUAAUUUCCAGAAGGUGACCAUUGUCAAAGCGUUCAUGGCCCAAAUGAAGCUGAGAGCCAAGCUUACUAUGGAGAAGGUGUACCUGGCUUUGGAGGCGGUGGGGCUGACAGCGGAGAAGACCAAGCUGGAGAAUGACUGCAGAGAAGGGGCCUCUGAACUUAAGGCCACUGAUCAAAAAUGCAACCGUCUGGAGGUUAGGAAGACGGAACUGACAGAACAAUGCAAAGGCCUGUUGAAGAGAGCGAAGUCGAUCUGUAGGAUGCAGUCUGAUGAGUCAUUGCCCGAAGACCUGCAUAAUGCUUUCGACAAGCUGCCCAACACACUGGACGAGAUAGAUGCCAUGCUGAACGAGGAGCGAUCCAGAGCUGAGUGCUUCACUGGCCUCAGUGAAAGUGUUGUUGACGAGUACAACAGGAGAGAGCAGGAGAUCAAACAUCUGGAGAAGGAGCUGGAGGAUAAGAGCAACGCCUUGAACGCCUACCGGCAGAACAUAUCAGAGGCUAAGGAACGCUGGCUGAACCCUCUGAAACAGCUGGUUGAACAGAUAAAUGACAAGUUCAGUGACUUCUUUCGCUCCAUGCAGUGUGCAGGAGAGGUUGACCUGCACUCAGAGAAUGAGGAAGAGUAUGACAAAUAUGGGAUCCGCAUUCGGGUGAAGUUUCACAGCAGCACUCAGCUCCACGAGCUGACGGCGCACCAUCAGAGCGGAGGAGAGCGCAGCGUCUCCACAAUGCUCUACCUCAUGGCCCUGCAGGAGCUCAACCGCUGCCCCUUCAGAGUGGUGGACGAGAUCAACCAGGGAAUGGAUCCUGUAAAUGAGAGAAGGGUCUUUGACAUUGUGGUGCGUACUGCCUGCAAAGAGACAACAUCCCAGUACUUCUUCAUAACACCCAAACUGCUGCAGAACCUUCAGUAUGCUGACGAGAUGACCAUCCUAUGCGUCCAUAACGGCGCCCACAUGCUUCCCCCGAACCAAUGGGAUGAGAAGACUUUCAUCAGACGGUGUCUUCAAAGAAAAGCCCGGGCAUGAAUCCACAAGGCUGACCUGACCUGACCUGACCUGACCUGGAUUCACUUAGUUUUCAGUUCAGUGAGUUCAAAAUAUACAACUGUAAAACUGAAAGUGAUGUCACUUGUUCAUAUUUCACAUUCAUAUUCCAUAUAAAAGAGAAGGGUUUGAUUUUGUACUUAUAGAGGGAUCUUGACCAGGAUGAAGCUUUUUGUCUCAAAUGGACAUUUUUUGAAUAAAAUAUGCUGCUGUUUAUGUUCUAAAUAGGCUAAUAUGCUAAUUUAUUUUGAAUAUUCAUUAAAUAUUUGAUAAAUCA